AUGUCUACUGAGGUUUAUGAGGGUGCCAUUGGCAUCGAUCUCGGCACAACCUACUCUUGUGUUGCCAACUACGAAGGCACCAAUGUCGAAAUCAUUGCCAACGAGCAGGGUAACUACACAACACCAUCUUUCGUCUCUUUCAGCGAUGAGGAGCGCUUGAUCGGUGAGGCCGCAAAGAACCAGGCUGCUAUGAACCCCGAGAACACUGUUUUCGAUAUCAAGCGUCUCAUCGGCCGAAGAUUCGAUGACCCCAUCGUUAAGAAGGAUGUUGAAUCAUGGCCAUUCAAGGUCGUUGACCAGGGCGGCAACCCCAUGGUCCAGGUUCGCUAUCUUGGCGAGGAUAAGACCUUCUCUCCCCAGGAGAUCUCCUCCAUGGUUCUCAUGAAGAUGAAAGAAGUUGCCGAGACCAAGCUCGGAAAGCAAGUCUCCAAGGCUGUCGUCACCGUGCCAGCUUACUUCAAUGACAACCAGCGUCAAGCCACCAAGGAUGCUGGUGCCAUUGCUGGCUUGAACGUUCUCCGCAUCAUCAACGAGCCCACUGCUGCCGCCAUUGCUUACGGUUUAGGUUCCGGAAAGUCUGAGAAGGAGCGAAAUGUUCUCAUCUAUGAUUUGGGCGGUGGUACUUUCGAUGUCUCUCUCCUCAACAUCCAAGGUGGUGUCUUCACUGUUAAGGCUACUGCCGGUGAUACCCAUCUUGGUGGUCAAGAUUUCGAUACCAAUUUGCUUGAUCAUUUCAAGAAGGAGUUCCAGCGCAAGACCAAGAAGGAUCUCUCUGGUGAUGCCAGAGCGCUCCGCCGCCUCCGAACUGCCUGCGAACGUGCCAAGCGUACUCUCUCCAACGCCACCCAGACUACUGUUGAGAUUGAUUCCCUUUUCGACGGAGAAGAUUUCAACACUCAAAUCACCCGUGCUCGUUUCGAAGACUUGAACGCCAAGGCCUUCAGCGGAACUCUGGACCCCGUCCAGCAAGUGCUUAAGGAUGCUGCUUUGGACAAGAGCAAGGUCGACGAGAUUGUUCUUGUCGGUGGUUCUACUCGUAUUCCCCGCAUCCAGAAGUUGUUGAGCGACUUCUUCGAUGGCAAGAAGCUUGAGAAGAGCAUUAACCCUGACGAGGCUGUCGCCUAUGGUGCCGCUGUCCAAGCUGGUAUCCUGUCCGGUCAAGCUACCUCCGCUGAUACCCAAGAUCUCCUUCUUUUGGAUGUUGUGCCUCUCUCCCUUGGUGUUGCUAUGGAAGGCAACAUUUUCGCUCCUGUUGUUCCCCGUGGCCAGACCGUGCCAACCAUCAAGAAGCGUACAUUCACCACUGUUGUCGACAACCAGACCACCGUGCAGUUCCCAGUGUUCCAGGGUGAACGUACCAACUGCGAUGACAACACUUCCUUGGGCGAAUUCACCUUGUCUCCUAUCCCACCAAUGAAGGCUGGUGAGGCUGCCCUCGAGGUGGUCUUUGAGGUCGACGUCAACGGUAUCUUGAAGGUUACUGCCACUGAAAAAUCUUCUGGUCGCAGCGCCAACAUCACCAUCUCCAAUGCUGUCGGCAAAUUGUCCAGCACUGAGAUUGAAAACAUGAUCAGCGAGGCUGCCAAAUUCAAGUCUUCCGACGAAGCAUUCAGCAAGAAAUUCGAAGCCCGCCAGCAGCUCGAAUCAUACAUCACUCGUGUCGAAGAGAUCGUCUCCGACCCAUCCAUGUCCCUUAAGAUCAAGCGUGGUACCAAGGAUAAGAUUGAAUCCGCCCUCAGUGACGCCAUGGCACAGCUUGAGAUCGAAGAGUCCUCUCCCGAAGACCUCAAGAAGAAAGAGCUCGCCCUCAAGAGACUCAUCACAAAGGCUAUGGCCACACGAUAA